AUGUCGUCUCGUCAACAGCCGCCAUGGCGGCAGCCUACCUCGCCGACGGGAACAGAGCUCCCACCGUUGCAGAUGUGGAACUCGCUGACCAAGUCUAAGACGCCCUUUGUUCCGAUUGACCCAGCUGGCAAGAAGGUGUCUUGGUAUGCCUGCGGACCGACAGUUUACGACGAUUCGCAUUUGGGACAUGCCCGCAACUAUGUUAGCACCGAUAUCAUUCGGCGCAUUAUGCGCGACUACUUCAAGUUCGAUGUCAACUUUGUUAUGAACAUUACAGACGUUGAUGACAAGAUCAUUCUUCGUGCCAGACAACAGUACCUUUUCAACGAAUACGUCGCCGCGAACCCCACUAUUACGCCAGAGGUCUUGGACACUACCAAGAAGGCCUAUACCGCAUAUCUAAAGAAGAACUUGACGUUGCUCGACCCCGAACUGUCCCCAGCACAAUAUCAGAAGGAAGUCGAGAAGGCAUAUGCGACGGUUCUGAGUGGAGGUGCGCUGCCGGGUAACGAAAAGGCCGGUGAUGAUGAGGCCAAGGUCAAGAUGCACAUCAAGACUGUGGCAUCGGCUGCCAUAGUCCUGAGCAAAGCCGAGGGUAGCACCGCUAGCGACCCGGCGCUAUUUGCGGAAUCUUUCUACACCAGCGCACAAGAUGUCCUCCUGCCCUACUUGGACGCCCUCAAGGGCUCCUCAAUUGACGCCGACGACCACAGCAUUUUCACGAAGCUGACGAAGAAAUACGAAGAGCGAUUCUUGAAGGACAUGCGAGACCUGAAUGUUCUCGAUCCUGAUGAGUUGACCCGCGUGACAGAGUAUGGUGCUGAGAUUGCCGAUUUCGUUGAGCGUAUUGUCAAGAACAAGUAUGGCUACGUCACUGAUGACGGCUCUGUCUAUUUCGAUAUUAGCGCCUUUGAGGCAGCAGGUCACCCGUACGCACGUUUGGAGCCCUGGAGUCGAUCUGAUAAUAAGCUCGCCGCCGAGGGCGAAGGCUCUCUGAUUACCAAGACUACCGAGAAGCGCAGUGCUUCCGACUUUGCUCUCUGGAAGUCUUCUAAGCCCGGAGAACCAAGCUGGUCCAGCGCCUGGGGCAAGGGUCGUCCUGGAUGGCACAUUGAAUGCUCGGCCAUGGCCUCGGCCCGCCUGGGCAAGCAGAUGGAUAUCCAUUCUGGUGGUAUUGAUCUUGCUUUCCCGCAUCACGAUAAUGAGCUGGCCCAGAGUGAGGCAUACUGGGAUGACGGCCACCAACAUGAGCAGUGGGUCAACUACUUCUUGCACAUGGGCCAUCUGUCCAUUCAGGGCUCCAAGAUGUCCAAGUCCCUGAAGAACUUCACCACCAUCCGGGAAGCUCUUGACCGGAAAGACUGGACACCCCGGAGUCUGCGUAUCGUCUUCCUUCUGGGUGGCUGGAAGGAGGGCUGCGAGAUCACCGAUGAGCUGGUUAGCACUGGCAACGCCUGGGAGGACAAGGUGAACAACUUCUUCCUCAAGGUGAAGGAUGCGGCUGCUUUCCAGGGCUCAUCUGCCGACACUACCUUUGCUGCUGAUGUGGAAGCCGCCAAGACUGCAGUGCACAAGCACUUCUGCGAUUCCUUCAACACGCCCGGUGUCAUGCAAACCGUCUCAGAGCUCAUUACCAAGUACAACAGCGCCGACAAGGCUACCUUGAACCCCAAGGAUGUUGAGUCUGCUGCUCGCUUGGUGACCUCGCUUGUCAACACGCUCGGCUUGAACGGGGCUACGCCCGCCGACAGCACCGAGAUUGGUUGGUCAGGCAUUGAUGUUCCCGAGGAGGCCAAGCCUUUCCUCUACCCCCUCUCCACUAUGCGGGAUACUCUUCGUCAAGCGGCCCGCUCCAAGGAGGGCAUCUCACCGCAGCAGAUCGAAGAGGCAGUCAAGGAAUCCUCUCCGUCCGAUGUCUCCGACUCGGCUAAGCCUUACGCCGAGGUUUUGUCGAACUUCCGAACCAAGGUCUCCUCUCUCAAAUCCUCUGACUCAGUUGGCAAGGACAUUCUCGCCCUCUGCGAUCGCGUCCGGGAUAUCGAUUUGUUCGACCUGGGUGUCUAUCUCGAGGACCGGGACAACCUCCCCGCACUUGUCCGUCCCGUCACCCGUGAGAUGAUCCAAGCUCGGGAGGAGAAGGAAGCUCGUGCCAAGCAGAAGCUUCUGGAGAAGCAGAAGCGGGAGCAGGAAGCUUUGAAGCAAUUGGAGAAGGGCAAGCUGAGCCACCUGGAGAUGUUCCGAACCAACGAAUACAGCGCCUGGGAUGACGAAGGUCUGCCCACUCGUGACGCUGCUGGUGAGGAGCUCACCAAGAGUCGCACCAAGAAGCUCCGCAAAGACUGGGAGCGCCAGAAGAAGGCGCAUGAGGCGUGGCUGGCUAGCCAGGCCAAAUAG